CAAGAUGUUUUCUACACUACAUACAAGUACAACACAACUCCUGUAUGCAUCGAAAUUGGAGUAUUUUGAUGGUGUUGUGAAGUGUUUCAAUUUUCUUUUGAGUAAAUAUUUAAUUUGGUUCGCGUAUCAAAGAAUAAACCAUAAAUUAUUACUUUUCCAGUCAUGGGUGUAAUGAAGUUAUUCUUGAAAGUGUUCAACUGGUGAAAUGUUGCAGAAAAAGAAAUUGGAUACCGAUGCACGAGAAGUAGGUUAGCCAAUAUGGUGCUGAAAAUCUAUCCGUGUUCUUUAAUUUCAACGCAAAAGCAUUAUUAAAAGUCUGCUAAAAAUAAUCAUGAAUACAGCAAUAUCACCUAUGAAUACCUCUGUUCCUACUAUUAGUGUUACUCCCCAUACCUCCGCAACUAUCAGUAUUACUCCUGUAAAUAAACAGUAUUCGGUUUUAGAGGAAAACCUUAAGCAAUUGCAUGAUAUCGUUGAAGUAGUUCAACACAUGAAAGAUGUCAACGUUGGUGCUUUAUCGGUUAAUAGUCAGAUUUUGAAAAUCGGUGAGCAAUGUAUAAGGCUGAGUUGUUCCUGCCCUUCCUUAAAUGAAUUAAGCUCUGAUGCAGAUGGUGUAGGUAACAGUGUUACUUCGUCACCUUCUCACGCGGAUUUAUCGGUGUCAUUUAGUACGCCUUAUAUUUCUGUAUCUUCUUCGGGAUUGCAUUUAAAGCAAACAGACUCGGUAGAUUGGAAAAGCAGUGGUAAAAUUAUUAGUUCGUUGAAUAGUGGCGAAAUAUUACGACGAAGAAGUUGGGCGGCUUUGGAAGAUUUAUCAACUCAAAGAGAGCUGGAUCGCAAAAUAGGAAAGCAAAGAAGUGUGAGUUUAAGCAGUUUGGAAUCCGAUGUCGAAGACAUAUUCUUCGAUAACGGUAGCUGCAGUAACUUACCGUCCACUGUAACGACGCCCACUAAUCGAAAAUCAAGUGUUGGCCGAGUUGUUCGAUCUAAUCGAUAUAGUACUACUAACGGAGGAACUGCUACCGGAAAUGUAUCAACUCAUUCUCUUAAUGAAGCCGAUUUACAAAGCGAUUUUAAUAAAAUACGUUUGAAACGAGAAGAAGAAGUUCGUCUUUUACAAGCUCGAUUGCCUCUACAAAAAUCAGUAUCUACGCCAUCGAUAUUAGCAAUAGCUGCACGAGACCCUUCAUCUUCUUACAUCAUAUCGAAUGAACGAGCCAUUACCACUACGAAUAAUGCAGUCAAUAAGACUACUUGUUAUAUGUUAUCAGCUCAAAGACCAAGCGGCACCGAAAGCGAAACUGAAGAAGAAAUGGUUUCAUUGCUGGACGAUACAAGACUGCGUCAUUUUCCAUAUCCCGACGAAGUGGUCACAAGUACUGCUUUUGAUGGCUUUUUACGAGAGAAAACAUGUGCAGAUGGUAGCGCGAGUGGUAAUAAUUAUUCGUACGAUGAUAGACGUGAAAAAAGAAGGAAACGAGGGAGUCUAUUUUUCCGUAAGAAAAAGGAUAAAGCCAAGAAAUCAAACGGAACUCACAGUUGGAUUUCAGUUACUCACGGUAACCUGAGCUCCGUUGGAUUGUGUGAUUGGUGUUCGAAACCAGUCGAAACAAAACACGCUUUGCAUUGCGAAGGUUGUUUAGCUACUGUUCACCAGGCUCUAUGCUUCGAGCAUAUUUCUGGCACAGAAUGUCCGCAGAAAAUGAAACAUUCUAAAGUAUCUGGAAAAAAUUCAGGCCAACAGUCGCAAACGAGUAAGACAACGAACAAGAAAAACAGCAACGUAUCUUCGAUUGCAAGUUCCUCGCAAGGAAAUAGUCCUAUUAUCAAUGAAGAAAAAGAAGAUGCGUAUUUCAUUAAAAAUCAGCAUAAUGAAGAUCACAUCAUUAGUUACAACGAAGAAGCCCCCUUGGUAGUUCUGGAAUUUUUAGAUGAAGGCCAUAUUAGCGCGAACGACUUGGACACCGAACCUUUUCUCGGAUUACAAGAUGAAGAGCCGGAUACUUGGGCUCCUUCCGUUAGCAAGGAUAUUUUGAAGAAACUUAAAGAAAAAGAAAUCAAACGACAAGAACAUAUAUACGAGUUCAUAUUAACGGAAAAACAUCAUUGUCUUACUCUAAUCGUCAUGCAAAAGAUUUUCGUCGACGGUUUAAGAAAGUAUUUCAACCUCGGUGCAAAUCUUCAUCGAAUGUUUCCACGCCUCGCAGAACUAACCGAAAUACACUUGAAAUUUUUACGAAAUCUACGCAAGAAGCAGAGAGACGCCGUUGUUGUGGAUUCCAUUAGCGAUAUUUUACUAGAACAAUUUUCCGGAUCCGCUGCCGAACAGUUGAAAGCUGUUUAUGGCGAAUUCUGCUCGCGACAUAGAGAUGCCGUAGAUAUUUACAAGUAUUAUUUACAACACGAUGCCAGAUUCGCCGAAUUCGUGAAGUAUUGUCAAAAUAAUCCCUUGCUGAAGAAGAAAGGUAUACCUGAAUGUAUUUUAUUCGUAACGCAAAGAUUGACGAAGUAUCCAUUACUUAUUGAACCAUUGAUCAAAACAUCCAAAGAAAAUAAAGUUGAAGUAGACAAGUUAACCGGAGCGUUGACGUAUAUCAAGGAUAUAUUAACCGAAGUUAAUUCUCGAGUAGCUGAAAAAGAAAAAGAAGAUAGGAAAUUGGAAAUCUAUAACAAAAUUGAAGCGAAAUCCUCCACGCAAUAUCGUGGAAGUAUUUUCAAAAAAUCCGAUAUCCUAUCAAAUAAUCGGAAAUUGAGAUUCGAAGGUGAAGCGCAUUUGAUGCAAGGUCCUACCAAAAAGCAGUCAGUUCAUGUAAUCGUAUUGUCGGAUAUAUUAUUAUUUUUAAACGAAAAUAAUAAUAAGUUUUCCUUUUUCGCCCCCGAUCAAAAGCCUGGUGUAAUUGGUCUUCAAAAAUUACUCGUACGCGAAAAAGCAGGCACUGACUCGAAAAGCAUUUACUUAAUAUCCUCCAAUCCCGCAAACCCAGAAAUGUUCGAAUUGAAAAUCAUCAGGCCUAAGGAACAAAAAGUAUGGAUCGAGUCGAUCCGAAAAGCUGUACAGAAUUGCGUGGAUGAUGAACAACAAAUGGAGGAUAAUAGGAGUUGCAUACCCAGCGAAGAAAUGCAGAGACGUGCUCAUAUUUCGCAACUGCAUGUGCAUCAGAUUGUCGGUAACCUGCGCCAAAAGGACGUCGAACAGGCGUUAAUUUACGAAGAGAAAAUAGCUUUAUUGUUGAAAUUAUUGGCAGCUGCCGGCGUGGAUAUCGGUAUGGAACGACCUUCCUAUUGUCAUUUGGUAUCCGAGCAUAUAGACAACGACACUAUACGCAGAGAAGUGUACAAUACCAUUCAAAAAGUCAAUCAGCUUACCAGUUCGUUGUACAUAUCGGGAACAAAUUUAUCGCGUAGUGCCAGUUCGGUCGGUGAAAGACAGAGUAACGCGUAUGUUUCACCCAUUUUACCAAAAAGAGCGGAAACUUUCGGCGGGUUUGAUAAUGCUGCCGCGUGUAAAGGCUUCAUCGCCGGAGUAGGUAGGAAAUUUUCGCAACAGUUCCAAAAGAAAGUAUCAAACGACGUGUAUCACGAUUCCAAAACACAUUCACCGUCUUUACCUUCGAGUCCUGUCAGCACCCCUGAACUACUUUCGCGAAAAUUGGCUCCCAACUCGACCGGAAAUAGCAAUAAAUCUAUAGCGGAUUGCGGCAAAAAUACGAUAACGCCGCCCAAUAUUACAGUAUCGCCUCUAUUGCAACAAGAUUCGAGGCAGCUGAGCGCGUCAUCGUCGCAGCAAGAACUGCCAACUUUAUUACAGUUUGAUAUCGAACAACAGUCAGCCAUCGUGCAGCUUACCAGCCAUAUCUUUACUCUGGCUUCAAUAAUCGAUCAACAAAUGUCUUCCAUCGACAGCCUCGAAGCGCAGCUUGCCUUCUGCAGACAUGAAUUGAGUCAUCCGAGUAACGAGAAAGAUAGAAGACCUAUUUAUAAGCAUAAUCAACAAUUAGAAGAGUUGAGAAACUUGCAAGAUAGAUUAACUCAUGAAAAAGAACAAUGGCAACGCGAAAAAGAAAACGAACAAAGAGAAUUGGAAGAAAAAAGGAAAAAACUGGAAGAAAAAGAAGAAAAAAUUAAAAAAGACAAGAUCGAUAUCGCCCAACAGAGGGAUCAGUUAUACGAAAAAUUACAGAUAUUGAGCAUGAACGCUCAAGGUGUAGUAAUGGACGCAAACACACCGUUAUUAAUAUCACCAUCGGCGCCUUUGCCACCUUCUGGAUCUCCUUCGAAUUCCACUUUACUGCACAAUAUCCCAUUGCCAUUACAAUCGCUACCCGUUUCAUCGUCGACGACUACAUCGAUGCCAUCUACGACAUCGCCUAAAGAUGGCACCUAUAAACGUCGUACUGAUUCAGUUCGUCGGAACCAGACACCUACUUCGACGUCGAAUCUUCUACCUUCUAAUUUAUUCAGCGCAACCAACGAACAAAAAGCAGCGCAGCAGGGUAAUCUACAAGUUAAGCAAAAGUUACCGUUAAAAUUGGCUAAAUUAGGAAGCGGUUCGACAGUGAAUGGAAAUAACACCUCGAGUACCUCCGCUUCUUCAACCGUUACGUCGCCUUCUAUUUCUGGUGGCAAAUCGCACCAGCAGAUAUUACCUUGGAAGCUACGAGAAUCGAAUCCGUCCACAACGAAUGUAAUACCCAGUGCAACGGAGGUCAGACGCGUUUGCGGAGUCAGUGGAUACGAACGAUUAGUAUCUGCAGAUGCGCCGUCCGCCUCAUCAUCUGCGUCACCGUCACAUUCCAGAACCGGGUCUAGUCCGGCGAUGAUGCAAAAUAUUCGAGUAUCUUCGCCUUCGAGCACAGACAAUAAAGACCCGGCCAAAGCUGAGCGAACCAAUACGUAUCCGAAAAUUCCCGAAAAAUACCGCAUAUCGUUAGGGUCAUCGACUUCGGGCACCGAUACGGUUUCUAAAACUAAACCUUCUUCGGCGGAAGAAGAAAAAGUAAUAUUUUUCUAAAUCAGUUCUCUCUCAUAGCUGCAAUCUUUAUCAACACAAUUCUAUGUGGUCAUUUUCUUUAUUUUCUCGUUAGCGUUUUUAAUUUGUAUUAUAUCAAUCUACGUUGUACUUUUUAUUUAUAUUUAGUGUGUAAAAUAUUGAAUUUAAUUUAUUUCUUGGAGAGUCAAUGAAACGUGCACAUUCCUUGAUUCCUCUUUUCAAAAGUAUUCGAAUUUUUUUGAUACGAAAAUUUAACUUUUAAGAAAUACCUACCUAUUGUAUAAUAAUUUACGUAUGUAUUUAUCAUCAUUCCUAAAAUUCGAGAAAAAAAAAUACUGACGUGAAUUGUAUGUUGUGAUGGUUUGAAUUUUUUUCUUCUGAAUAAUGGUUGUGUUUGAAAUGAAAAGUAAUUUUUUUCGUAAUAAUUACGUAAAUAGGUUAUAAAUCACAUUAUCGUUGGGAGUGGCUGUGUUGUACUUACGUUAUUACUAUUUAGAAAUCAGUAUUCGUUGUUUGAACAAACCUAUUUUGUUAAUAAUUUCUUGUUAAAUUUAACCAAAAAAUACAAUCUACCGAUGAUUUUAUCAUUAUAAUAAAAUGAUAGUUCACA